GCUUCGUGCGCGCUGCGAACGUAACCUCAUCCAUGACGUCCGACGCAGUCGCAGCCGCCGCCGCUGUCGCCGUCCGAGGGAACGCAAGGGUGUAAGAUGUCACACCAGCCGACCGGAACCAGGAUGGAUGCUGCUUGUUCUGACCUGGAGGCGCCGCCCGUGUUCCGUGUCCCACCGCCGCCGCUGCCUCCGUUCCCGCAGUCAGAGGCGGGAUGCGACCUUACUUGGGAGGAGACCUGCCACCUGCUACAGGUGCUGCACUCUGGCUACGGUCUCCCUCUCAUCGUAGUUGUGGUCCUCUGCGUGUCUGCAUUCCUCAUAGUCGCAGGAGGAGCAGCAGCCACCGUAAUCUACUUCUACAAGUAUCGGCGGAAGAGACAGAGACGCAGGUCGGGCGCAGGAGAGUACCGAGGAGUGGCAGCAGAAGUUCCGCUAAACAAUCAAAGGCAGCUGGUGAUGGGUGCUAAUGCUGACCACUACUCGAACCCUGGCGCUGCCGAGAAGCCUCCGCUGUUCCUGUGUUACGCUUCUGAGGAGCUCGAACUGUUCCACCCCGAGUACCAGACCCUUCCUAUCGCCACUCCAGUGGACUCCGCCAUCUACAGUGACGCGGAGAAAGACACGGGAAAGGCAACUACAGAUGUGCAGCAGACGUAGCUUAUAUUCGCUCCUGCCUGUGUAACGGCGGCUCUGUGCUGGUGAUCAACUCAUUUCAUUAAGAGGUCGUUGAGAUGAGUUCAGAUGCUCUGGGGAAGAUGCAGUACAGCAGGGACGCUAGUGAUACUCAAGAUAAUCUUUUCAGAUUCUUAAGCUCCAGUUACGUCGCUAGUUGUAACUGCGAAUUGUGAUCAGACUUGAGUGUGUUUCCCAGCUUCUCUGAGGUCUUUCGUUCUUCGACUAUCAGUUUGCCGAUAUCGAUUAACAGUGUGUUUACUAUGUCAUUUUUAGAACGUUGAUUGAUUUUUUUGAUCAAAUAUAGAAUAUGUGUGCCUAAUCGUUGCAGUUCAGGAAGACUGAAGUUUGAACUGAAACGUCAGAUUUUUUAUUUUUAAUUCAGAGGACAUAUGCUUGCCUGAUUUCUGUUUUCAUGAAAUCGUAUAUCAAAGACAUUAGCAAAUAUGUAGCUAUGUGCCUUCACCGUUUUGUAGCGCUGCAGUUUCAA